UAACUGAACACAGCCUACGAUGAUCACGACAUUCCUUUCGCUCUCUAUUUCCUGGUCGUGUUCCUGAUUGCUUCUCCUGAAAGCUCACCAAGAUCAUGCCGUUAGCUGCAGCUAACCCUGUCCACCAAAGGACGGCGAGUUCACCUCACUCGUCACAUCUACCGGCGGUCGCUUUAGCUAUCUACCCAAUAACCCUACUCCUUGGCUCGUUCUACUCUUUAAUAUCUCCCACUGCGCGGCCGUUGACGCCUAAUCUUUCCUCUGCUACCUCUGCUCCCCACCACCCACCCAGCCCGGUCAAUUAUUUUGCCCGGAAAGGCAAUAUUUUCAACGUUUACUUUGUCAAAAUUGGAUGGCUCUGGACAACUGUUGCCUUCUUGUCAAUACUAUCCACGCAACCGGCAUUCGUCAGCAGGCGCAUCGAUCCAAAUAAACGACUAAGGAGGAUAUAUCAGGCUCUAUUUCGGUAUGCAGUGGUUACACUAGCCUGGGUUCUAACCACUCAAUGGUGUUUUGGUCCGGCCAUCAUAGACCGCAGUUUCACUGCCACGGGAGGAAGAUGUGAAAGGAUCCAUGCCAGCGGGAUGAAAGAGGCAAUAUCGGAUUCUAUUAUGACUGCUAUGGCUUGUAAGAUGGUGAACGGAGCUUGGAAUGGAGGACACGACGUUAGCGGACAUGCAUUUAUGCUUGUUCUUGCAAGUGCUUUUCUCGUGUUUGAAUUGCUAGGGUCUACGGUUUCGGUGGAUGAAAAGAACGACGCCGGAGACGCAACCGAUGACGGAGCACGAGCAGAAAUUCCCGUGAAUGAAAGUGGGCAGAGUCCUGCCGCAAAAUUAUCGCGAAACUUUGUUUGGGCAGUUGCAGGUCUAUGUUGGUGGAUGUUACUCAUGACAGGGAUCUGGUUCCAUACUUUCCUCGAAAAGGCGUCUGGUUUGCUUAUUGCAUUAGCUGCGGUGUACGCGAUAUAUCUACUCCCAAGAAGUAGUCCCUCGUGGAGAAAUGUUAUUGGCAUACCUGGGCGAUGA